UAUUUUCGAGUUGCAGUUUUCGGUUACGUGGCUAGAUUUCUCGUUUUUGUGAAAAAUGGGUAGUUUUGGGCCAAUUUUCGCCGUAUUUUUGAUAUUUUUUGGGUUGUGUUUUGCUCAGGAAAGGGUUGAUCAACGCGGAGCAGGCCGAUUGAACGAUCCAAAUGCAGUUUUGGGAAAUACGGGACAGCGUGGCAGCCUAAAAGGAGCUCCACAGCAGCACUUCAGGCAAGGUGAUCAAGUCGCACGACUAGACCAAGGGGCACCGGUCAGGCAUAUAGAUGAUUCUAACCUCGUUAAUAUGCCGCAGGCUGGUAUCCCACGCCAGCCUGUUGUUGGGGAGGAAAAAUUGAGGCACAGACAAAGAGCUAAACCACUUAUCGCUGGUUUGAGCACCAGUCAAGAAUGCGGAGAAGAUGUCCAAAGAAUCUGUGGUCACAGGAAUUUACAAAGUAAUUUGGAAGUUCUGGCCUGCGUUACAAAUUCAGAUCUUGACGAAACCGAUUUAAGUGAAGAAUGUCACGAACAUAUUUGGCAUUACAAACUUAACAUCACAAAAGAUCAAAAAUUUUCAAGCGUUGCUCGUGAAAUUUGUAAACCGGCUUUAGAAAAGUUCCCGCAAUGUGCGAAGUUUGAUGACGCGAGUGGGAAAUUGAUUCCUUGCCUUCUUGACGAAAAGGAUAAAAUCCAGUUAAGGCCGUGUUAUCAUUUUUUGGUAAAAAUGGGGACAAUUAUUUAUAGCGAUUAUCGGUUAGUUUGUAAUUUCAUCGAAGACUGUAAAGAGGAUAUUCAGAAACAUCAUUGCGCGUUUUUGACUCAAGCGAAUAAAGAUGGUGACACUGCCGCGCAUUCGCAAGGUGCCGUGAUAAAUUGUCUCGAGGAAAAAAUUGUUGACGGUGAAACAGUAAAUGAAGAUUGUGCGAAACAAAUUGUACGACUUUCAGAAUUAACGUCUGAUGAUUAUCACCUUGACAGGAAUCUUUAUUUCGCUUGCAAGGACGUGCGUGAGCGAUUAUGCGAAGAGGUCCAAUCAGGUGAAGGAAAAGUUUAUAAAUGUCUUUUUCGACACAAGUUUGACCACGAGAUGACGCCAGAGUGCCGUGAGGCUUUAACUUUGCGUCAAAAGCUUCUUGCGCGAGACUAUAAAGCAAGUUACGAGCUUAUGAACUAUUGUCAAAAAGAUAUUGACACGCUUGGAUGCAUUCAUCACCCAGAGUAUAGGGUACAAGACGCCAAUGAUCACGGCGAUAUUAUCGGCCUUUCUGGAAUGCUUCUGUGUCUAGAAGAAAUCGCUCAUCAUCAAGAUACACAGUCUCACGUUAGCCAGCAGUGUGAAAACCAACUCGCCGAUUUCCGACAAAUGUUAAGCGAGGAUUACCAAAUGAGUCCUGAGAUAGUACGUGGUUGUUCCACUGAGAUAAAUAUUUGCGCUGAAAAAGAAGAAGUUUUAAAGAACGGGCAAACGAUACACUGCCUUAUGAAUCUGGCUCGAAAUAAAGACGGCAUUGGUGGGAGCUGUGAAGCCGCGAUAAUGCAUUUAUUGAAAGAAGAGGAGGUUUUGUCAGACUAUCGCAUGGAUUACGCGCUUGCUCAAGCUUGUACUCCGGUCGUUCAAACGGCAUGUUCUCAUCUUAAAGAUGGAGAUCCAAUGAUUCUAUCCUGCCUUAUGGAUCAUUUACAUUCAGACGCGAUGGUGGAGGAUUGCCGCAAUCGUUUGCUUGAGUUACAAUAUUUCAUCAGUCGAGAUUUUACCCUGGAUCCAAUUUUCAUGAAAAAAUGUAAAAACGAUGCGAAAAAUCUCUGUGGUAUAGAGAAAUUUGGAAACACUGAAAAUGAUGUUGAAAUGCCGUACUCUCUUGUAGUAUCAUGUCUUUAUCGACACAUUCCCGGGGCCGUUCAACCUCGAGGCGGCCCAGUUAAUAAAAAAAAGCAAACAUCACGUGGAUGUGCAGAAGAAGUUCGAAAAAUCAUGAAAACGAGAGCGUUAGAUUUUCAAUUAAAUCCAGAUUUGGAGAAAGCUUGCCGAAUUUCCCUCGGACAAUAUUGUUCUGAUAACGUAGUAGAAAAGGGAAUGGAACUUGUCUGCUUACAAGAUGCGUUUGAGAAUAUAACACUCGAUGCUGAUAAAGGGCAAGGAGACGCAGAAAAAUGCAUUGAUAAACUCGAAGAGAUUACUGAACUGGAAGAGGGGGAGGCGGGGAAUUUGGAUAAUAUUUUACUCAGAGCUUGUGAGCCUGAUAUUGAUCGUUUAUGCUCAGACAAACAGGAUGAUGAUGAAAAUGAAGGCGAGGUAAUGCAGUGUUUGAUUGAUAAUAAAUUCGACCUCACAGAUGAUUGUAAAGCCGGCGUGUUACAUUUCCAACUCAUUGAAUUGAAAGAUAUAAAUUUUAGUUAUAACUUCAUGAAAGCUUGUAAAAGUGACGUCGAAAAAAAUUGUUUGACCGAAGGGAAUAAACGGAAAACUAAAAAUGAGGUUGUUGAAUGUCUCAGUGAGAUACAUUUACGAGAUAUUGUUGAAAAACGUGACGACACGAUCUCCGAAGAAUGCAUCGCUGAACUUUCGGUUGAAAAUUUACAACGCCACGAAGAUAUGAAACUUAAUCCUUCAUUGAAAAAUGCUUGCCAAGCUGAUUAUAAAAAAUUUUGCAAAAAAGGUAAAGUGAAGGGCAUUGAAUGCUUGCGAAUGCACCAUCAUAAAAUCAGUAAUCAGUGUCGAAAACAACUUUUUAAAUUCGAAAAAGAAGAAGCGAUUGAACCAGACCUUGAUUUCAUUCUAAGAAGGACAUGCAAAUCAGCAAUUAUGCAGUUUUGCCAUAAAGAAGGCGAGUCACAAUCAAUUUUAGACUGUUUGAUUCGAAAUAAAGAAAAUUUAGAGGACGCCUGCCACGAUAUUGUCCAUGAAAGAGAAAGGGAGCAAUACUCAGACAUAAACCUCAAUCCGGAGUUAAAAGAUGCUUGCGAAAACGAUAUUGACACUCACUGUAAAGAGAUUUUGGAUGAUUUGAAAAAAGACGAAUCGAAAGGGGAUGACAUGACCGGCCAAGUUACCGAGUGUCUCAAGGAAGUUGAACUAGAUCAGGGUCGUGAACUCACACGAUCCUGCUCAAGGCACAUUCGAUUCGUUAUAAAACAGGAAGAGAAUGAUUAUAGUUUAGAUCCAAUGUUGACCUUAAAUUGCUUAAAAUCGAUUCAAGAAAUUUGCAAACCAAAUAAAGUUCCAAACGUAAUUGAAUGCUUGAAACAUGCUUACUUCAACGGCGGUUUACAGAAAGAAACAAUGUGUAUGGUGGAAGUGGCGCGUUUACUCAAAGAAGGACGCAUGGACAUCUUAGCGGAUCCUGUUCUACACAACCUCUGUCAGAUGGAUAUACGACGCCAUUGCAGUGACGUCGCGGAGGGCAAAGGUCGCAUUAUGGGUUGUUUAUUAUAUACAAUAGAACAGGGACAGAAAGAAGUCUUGCGUGAUUGCGCGGAUGCUCUAAUACAGCGGAAAGAAAUGUGGGACUAUGCAGUUGAGCACGGUGCAAAGGGCUUCCCGGGUCUCAUGAAGCAAGUAAUGACUUCCCCAGACUCGAGUUACUUACUAACUGGUAUAACUGCUUUUCUAAUUUGCAUCCUUAUUUUGGGGAUGGUCUGCGGAAGAGUAACAAAGCGUGUAUCUCGGCAGAGAAAAAUGCUUUGAAAACACAUUUUUGACGAUUUUAUCGAUGUUUAACAUAAAAAGUGCGCUUUCCAACAUUUGGUAAAGUUGUGUGUUAUUAGGCUAUAGCCACCCCCUACUUCCCCUGUUGUCACAGUUUUUGUUAUGAUGUCAUAUUUACUGUUUAUGAUGACUUGUCUUUGUAUAAUGUCAUAUUAAUAGCGCUAAUAUCUGUUUUUCUUGUUAUCAUAACAAAGAGCCUGAGCAUUGUUCAGAGCACAAUUUUUUUUUUUUGGUCAAGUUUAAGGAAUUUUUAAGCUUCAAGCUUCAAUUAAUAGAAGGACACAUUUUUUUCAACUUUUUUUUUUUUUUGGGGGGGGGGGGUCACUACCUUUUAGGCAACCAAACUAAACUUGAUGUAUGGUAAUCGUAGGUGAAAAAAAACAUUUUUGAAACUUUGAAAAAUACAGUUUGCUUAACAGUGGUAUUUGUUAUUACCAUUGUUUCAUCUCCCGGGAUAAAUAUGGAAGUCAUGCCCUAAUUAUUCAUGAUUUCAAAAAAAAAAGGAAACAUUAAAAAUAUUUUAAACUGGGUCAUGAUCAACAAAAAUACAUAGAAGUCAAUGUACAUCUAAUAAGAGUUGAAUUCGGAAAUGCAGGAAAGUUGAGAUUUGAUUUAUUUAUUUAAGUUCUUAGAAAUCAAAGAAAGGCCUUUUUGGUCAUUCUGCUAGAGUUGAUUUAUUCAUUGAAUAUGGAAAUGCAGUACAUUUAUUAAGAUAAGCCAUAUGUGAGAUUUGUUAUAAUCUGUUAACUAUCGUAGUUAGUAUAUAGGGUGUCUAUAAAGUCCCCAACAUUUUUUGAAAUUGCAAAGGGAAUUUAUCGAUACCAUAUAUUGUUUUGGCCCUCACAGAUGUAAUAAAUGAAGUGAAAAUACUUGUAUAAUUACUUAUUAAAGAACAAACAAACCUGGUCAAGAUAUAUAUUGAGAACUGACUCCAUAACAAAAUUGAAAUGUAAAGAGUCACUAUGGACACCCUGUAUUUAUUGAGGUUGACUUCGAAAAUGCAGUACCGUUAAGAUAAGCCAUAUUUGUGAGAUUUUUUAGAUAUCAUUUUGUAGAUCUUGCAACUAGUUAUUAUAUAUACAGAGUGUUCAUGAAGUCCUUUUACAUGUUCAAUUUUGUUCCGAAGUCAGUUCUCAAUAUAUCUUAAUCAGGCUUGUUUCAUUUUAAUCUGUGUUUAUUCCAACUUGGGAACAACAGACUAUAAAAUGUGGUAUCGUCAAUGUUAAUGAAAUUAAAUUUGCAUUCCAAAACGUCACAAUUUUUUUGUCUCACAAAAUAUAAAUGCCGACAAACUAUAAAUGAUUUCGAUGAAUUCCUUUUGCAAUUUAGAAAGUUUAAUAAGAUCUUACGAACACCGUGUAUUAUUUUGAAUAUUUGAGAAUUCCUAGGCAAGAGGGCGAAUGUAAAAAUUACGAGUAAAUUUAGAUUGAAAAGGUUUCAUAAACUGUUUUUGUAACCAAAUUUUGAAGCCAUAUUCACCAAAAUACUUCAAUUUAAAAUUGAGAAGAGUUUAAAGACAAAAUAUAGCUUUUCUCUAUUUUUUUUAGUUUCGUAUUUUUAGGUUAAAGCCCUUGUAUUUUAUUUACCUUGUCAAAAAUUUUAAAUGUAUUUGAAUAUUCGAUUCGAUUCAUUUUUUAAAGUUUAGUUAUUAGUGAUUUAACUUCACAUUAUGGUAAUCACAAAUUAGAAUACCAUACAUCCGGAUAUGCACGUGUAAGCAACCAGGAAACUGUUAUUCAUUGUCUGCUAGCUUAACUAUGCAUUGUAACCUGAUGUUCCAGCCAAUUGAUGGAUACUUAUCUAAUUCUAUGAAGCUGAUGUUUGAAAAUUUUCAAACUUACGGCAUAUUUAUACCCUACUGCAUGGCUACUAAACUAUUUUUACCGAAGAUCCGCAUACAAAACUUCAAAAUUAUUUGGUCCGGUGUUUCCAGAAAUUUCCGCACUUCCUCGACCGGCUAAUGAUUAUUAAUUUAUUAGCUAGUCAAGAUUGUUUAUUAUGGCGUUUUAGUUCUUUUCAUAUUAUAUUCAAAACUGUAAAAGUCAUUUAAUAGAAGGAAACUUCAAAAGUGAGGCUAAUGAUCGAAAAUAAAGAAUUAGGUCCGCCAGUUGCCCUGCCCAACUGUAAAACUACAAAUCAUGUCUCAAUAAAAACUAUUUUAAUUCAUUAUCCUAAGUGAUUCAAGACCUUGGUCAGACGAAUCGUUUGAGCAGAGAUGGCCAAACUACUGCUCGUUUCAAUUCGGCGCGCCCGAUGCUGCCGCAACAGAAUUGAAACCAAAUUUUGAUGUCAAGCUAAAAAUAGCUCAUUGAGUUUGUUGAGAUUGUGAUUAAAUUUAGUUUAUUGGGCACUAGGCUAAUUGUUUCCCACUUUUGCUUUGCCUAAAAAAAUUACUUUUUAUCCGUUACAUUUAGAUUAUUUUGGCAUAAAAUGAUUCGUUAAGAAAAAGUAAAGCUGGUUAAAUCAAAAAUUCAGCAUAUUAUGGUUGUUUGUGCACGCAAAAACAAGCCCAUUUUCACAGCAAAAACGACAAAUUUAAUAAAAAAUUCGUAUUCUCCAUCAUUAAACAUUUUCAAAAUUCUUAUGAAAUAUAAUCUCAACUUCUUUUUUGUAAUUAAAAACCAAAAUUGUUUAUGAGGUAAAUUUCCACCUGUAAAACCUGAUUUUCAUUUCAAGAAUGGCAAGUUUUACAAAAAUGUAUCUUCCAUUAUAUGAGAGAAAAUAUUCUCAAAUUUUGAAAAUGUAAUUUCUUGACAUCUUCACGUAUAAUAAGCUUUUUUAAUUUUGUACACACCACAACCAUGGUUUUGUGUUUACCAACUAAUGUAAAAGAUAUUAAUAUCCCGCACCCCGGGGCUGUUUUGUGAUUUAGAAGGCCACGUCGACAAUCACUCAAGUGGAUUAUUGAUUUAAAAUAGAAAAAUAAUCUGGAAUUAGAAUUUCUCAAAAAUGAAAUUUGAAAAAAAUUGAAAUAUCUCAAAGUAUCUAAUUCGGUACUUUUUCCUCUGACCAAAGUCAAGACUUCCUCAGAUGCGCUGUUUACAUUAGGGAUCAAAAUUUACGGAAGUUUUAUGUGGCAUAAUUGUAACGUAAUUACUGCUUCUUCUCUCUGUCUUUGUGUUAUUGGCUGUAUCGUUUCAGUGAUUCUAAAGUCUUGCAAUAACAUAUGAAAUUUGAAAAAGAUUGAAAGUAGCUCAAAGUAUAGCACUUUCAUAAAUUUAAUUCUGUUACGUUCAAUCUGACUGAAUCCCUUUUCCUAGACAAGCAAUGAUGUGAAUAGGAUAUACGGCACAAUUUAUCAACUACUGCUACACUUUUUGGGUCCCUUUCUUUUUCAUAGCGAUGCCAAGUUUUGAUUUUUAAAUGUGUUUCCAUUAGGUGUUUAUGUGGGCCAUUUUCAAUAAUGAAACCCAACGAAGGAAAGCAAAAUAUAACUCCUUUCAAUUUACCUUAAAUUAAUGUGUUAGUACCUGAUGAACCUGUGCUCAUGGCUCAUAGAUAAUUGCUCUAUAUGCACCUAGAAGAGUCAGGGUCAAGUUCGAGAAAAACACAAGUAGACGUGACAAUUGAAAACUUGUGAUUUGUCUAGUUUCUGAUUUUUUUUGUAUUUUAGAUCAAGUUAGCUAUAAAGAAAAGAGUUAGUUUCCCUAUUGUCUGCUUUGAAUAGUUUUUUCAGGCCAGGUCACUCAAAAUUCUGUUUUUAAUAUUAAAAUUGGAGAACAUUUUUUAAAACUUAAAUUCUUCUCAAAAUUUAUGAUUACUUUGCUGUGUAAACCGUUUUUACAAUAAUGUUGUCAUUUUAAUUCAGUUUCUGACAAUGUAAUUUGCCCCGAGGGGUUUUCGUGCGGUGAACGUAUUACAGGCUUUAUUAAAAUACCGCACAGCUUGUAUGAAAGUAUGAGAUAAUUAUUAUAAACAAAAGAAGCAAUAAUACUUAGUAAGAAUGACUAAACUGAAAGUACAUUUUAAAAUAAAAUUCCCAAAUAUCGGAUUAAUUUUGGAUUUACUU